UAUCCCGUAUAUGUAUUGUCCGUUUUUACUCUGGUACUGUAAAAUACCUAAAUUUCAAAAUUUAAAUUCCCUGUAAAUUUAUUUUAAGCGUCUAUUAUCGUUUAUAUGAUUCAACGAAAACAAAUUCAGAAAUUAUUUAAAUAAAAUUAAUCACCAACAUAUAUACACGGUCUUGUAUAUCAUUGUGUAGGUAGUUUGUGUUAAAUUUAGAAGUAGGUACGACAAUAUGAAGGUUUUUUUGUUAAUUAUUUCAAUAAUACUGUUAUGGAAUAUGGCAAGUGUAGUAUGCGUUUGUAAGGAUUGGACAUUAUGCCAAAGAGUUCGAUGUAAAGCACCACCAGAAAAAUGUCCAGAAGGGCAGUACUUAGUUUGGGAUGACUGUGGAUGUUGCCAGUACUGCAGCGAAGAACCAAAAACUGGAUUAUGUGGAACUUGUGGAAAAGAUGUGGUAUGUAAGGAAAGGGAGCCUAUUUGUAACCAUGGAAUUGUUACAAUUGAUUAUUGUGGAUGUUGUAGAGCCUGUAGAUCUGUCUUAGGAGAAGGAGAAUCUUGUAUCGUUGAAGGAGAGGGACCCAACUUUUCAGUUUGUGACAAAGGACUAAAAUGCAUCAAAGGACAAUGCACAGCUCCAUGAUUAUUAUGACAUAUUAUAAUUAUAAAUAAGUAGAUCUUUCAUAUAUCAAUAAAAUAUUCAA